AUAGGUAGAAAUAGUGCAACAGUACCGUGGAAGUGACGUCUGACAUGCGUUUGUCCAUUAUUUCGUGUAUUAAUGUAUACUCUAUGUUGAUUAAAAAUCUGUGUUCACAGUGGUCAGUUUAUACGUAAAUACGCACAAGAUUGUGAAUAAGGACUGAAAUAAAAUGCUUAAAUAUAUUACAGUUAUUUCGAAGUAUACGUAUGUGAAUAAAUAAGUGAUAUUUUCUACGAGUGGCAUAAGAAGAUAAACAUAAGCUUGACCUUGAUGGUGUUUACUUGCUGCGUUUCUUGAGAAGUUAUUAGAAAAGACGAAAAUCUGACAGACAGAACUGAUGUUUGGCAAAAUGAAGGAGAAAUUUAGACUAAACAUGGAAAUGCUCCCGUGCGUCGAGUUUGGUCGAUUCGUGAUAUGUAGUACACGAUAUUUUCUGAAGGUGUGCGUUCGCAGAAGUAUGAACUUCGAGUGGUCUUGGUGCUAUGCGUCUACUAAGGCAGAGCAUAAAAACAUACAAAGUUUGUUAAUUUCGACACUGACAGAAUGAGACAAGGGCGCGGAGGACAGCGGAACAAGAAAUGCUGUAGAGGUCGUGGUGCACCACCAAUCACGCUGCCAGCAACACUGGAGGACCCUGCUGCCACCUGGAAGGGACCGCCACCCGGUUCGGAGCCCCAGAACUUUUCUCAGAACUCUAAUCAGAACUUCUCCGGACCGCCGGCGGGCUUCCAGGGGCCAUCGCCCUUCCAGGGCCCGCCGGCCGGUGCCGGCUCACCUGCGGGUGCUCCCCCUUACUCAGGAGGACCACCACCUGGUUCAGGAACACCUCAGUACACUGCUUCACCUGCUCCAUCUGGUUCAUCUACGCCAGGACCGGGACCACCUCAGUCGGCCGGAUUCCCUCCACCUCCGAAUAAUGGUCCACCUUACAACGGACCUGGUCCCGGCCCCGGGCCAUUCGGAUCGCCGUCUGCCGGUGCUCCUGGUCCCGGACCUGGACCUCAGUUUGUUGGACGGCCUGGAUCCUCAGGACCACCGUUUGUGGGCGGACCUCCGGGUGCAGGGAACCCUCACUUUGCCUCACCGGGACAGCCAUUUGGAGGCCCUCAGUUUGGUAUUCCUCCUGGUUCACCAUUUGGACACGGCCCCGGACACCCAAUUCCAGGACCUAUUCCAGCACACGGCAUGAUGCCGGGGCAGAUACCAGGACCCAAUCCCGUCGACAGGAUAGACCAGGGCCUGGCGUCUCGUGUAAAUGUGGGCGAGGUUUCUGCGGCUGUGCCCGGAGCUAUCGCCCAGGCCGGGGUUUCGCCUUGUCUGCACUGCGACUCGCUGACGCAAACAUACUGGUAUCGCAGCAAAUCUCUUCCUGUUCCCAGGCGUCAUACGCCGUACUUCGGCCAGCCUGACUAUCGUAUUUACGAGCUUAACAAGAGGCUUCAGCAGAGGACAGAGGAGAGUGAUAAUCUCUGGUGGGAUGCCUUUGCCACUGAGUUUUUUGAAGACGAUGCCACGCUCACGCUAACAUUUUGUUUAGAGGAUGGGCCCAAGAGAUACACUAUAGGUAGGACACUUAUACCAAGAUACUUUCGGAGUAUCUUUGAAGGUGGUGUGACAGAGCUGUAUUAUAAUUUGAAACAUCCUAAGGAGUCCUUCCACAAUACAAGUAUUACUCUGGACUGCGAUCAGUGCACAAUGGUGACGCACCAUGGGAAACCAAUGUUCACAAAGGCACCGGUUGCUGUACAGGUGUGCACGGAAGGCAGACUCAUCCUGGAGUUCACGUUUGACGACUUGAUGCGCAUCAAGUCGUGGCAUUUCGCUGUACGGACACAUCGUGAAUUGGUGCCUCGAACUGUAGUUGGAAUGCACUCCCAGCAGGACCCGGGAAUGCUGGACCAGCUAUCGAAGAACAUCACACGGCAGGGCAUCACAAAUUCAACGCUCAACUACCUCAGGCUAUGUGUGAUCUUGGAGCCCAUGCAGGAGCUGAUGUCGCGGCACAAAGCUUAUGCGCUCAGUCCGCGAGACUGUCUCAAGACCACACUCUUCCAGAAGUGGCAGAGGAUGGUUGCCCCGCCGGGUAAGAGAGAGUCACAGCGACCAGCAAACAAGAGGCGGAAACGGAAAGGUUCCCAAUCUGGCGGUGCUGCCAACAAUGCUCCUCCUGCGCCCAACAAGAAACGCUCGCCUGGACCAAAUUUCUCUUUAGCAUCACAGGAUGUAAUGGUUGUUGGCGAACCAUCACUGAUGGGUGGCGAGUUCGGGGAUGAGGACGAGAGGCUCAUAACACGGUUGGAGAACACACAGUAUGAUGCGGCCAACUCCCUGGACCACGACAACCACGGCUUCUCGGACUCGCCUAUGACGGGGGGCCCUAAUUCGUGGGGGGGAGGAGGGCCAGUAGGUGGGCCUGGAGUGGGCGGACCUGUGGCCGAUAGGGGACCCGGUGUCCCACCUCAGGGCAACACGCCGUCCAGCCAGGACUCGGACAAGAAAUCUCCAGCUGUGAGUCAGUGAUAGUGCGCACUGUGAGGUGAGGCAAGGGGAGGCCGAAGUAAGAGUGUUCGUGUAACACUGAGGCACUCCUAAAGCUGUGUGUGCCAUUCUUGUUGAAGUGUCGUUUCUUUCUGACAGGUGGCCAACACAUUAUUUAAAAUAAAUUUUAAUGUGGACAUAAAAAUAAAGUAUUCAGAUAAAUUUCUAUUUCAAGGUGUUCAUAGUCUGUGCAUGACUAUGUAGAAAUUGUAAUAUUGACACUACUUUAUUAUAGAUUAGUUUGGAGAAAUUGUGCAAUGCAAAUAGACUCCUCCAAGGAAAGAGGUAUGUUGGUGUUCAGUUCUGGUAGUGUUCAUUAUUGGAUAAGGGUUUUCUGAACACGAUCUCCAACACCAUUGGAAUAAUCUGAAAAUCAUUGAUUUUAGAUAUUCAGAUUUUCAUAUGUAAUAAAUAACAUAGUUGUAGUUGUCUUAUUCAGUAAAAAAAAAAGCUCUUCAUGCUAUUCAUUUAUAAAUGAAUUGUGUUUUAAUUACACAGGACGAAUACUCAACAGAGUAGGCUUUCUCAUACCUGUUACAUAAAAUUGUAAUUUAUUUUAAAUUAUUGUACAUUAUUUAUGUAGUUUAAAUUAGUGCUUGCUCAAUAUUUUAUGAAAUGUAAAGAUAGUUACAAAUAUUUCAGUUUUGUGCUAAAAGCCAAGGUGUGUGAAUAAAGUUAGAUGAAACUCUUUUGAAAUCCAUAAAUUUAGUUUCGUUACAGUCACAUCUUGCAUUGCUUUCACAGUCAGCACUAGUUUAAAUUACUGCUUUUGUUCUCUCCAUUAUUAUCCGCAAGAUGCAUAAAGAAUUUGUGAUAUCUCUUCCUGAAACUAUUUUUUUUUAUCUUUUUGAUUAUCUAUUCAUUAUUUGACCAGCAUAUUUGUGAAGAAGUAAAGUUUUGCAUCUCUACAGGGAAUGGAUUUUAUCAUCUGUUAGUGCACCUCACUUUUACAAAAUCAUAAUAUCGUUUUGAAGUUGUUCAUUGUACUGGUAAGAAAGAAUUGUCUUCAAGCUUCAAAUUGUAUAUUUAAUUUUGAGCCGUUUGUUCUAACAAUCUUUUGUUUCUGAGGAGCUGCAGUCAGUGGAAUGCCAUGCUGCAUAUGAAAAAUACUUUUAAUAACAACUUCAGUAUUAUACAGUCUGUUGGAAACAUAAUUUAAAAGCAUUUAGGAAACUUAUUUGUUGGAUAUUUUUCAGUAGCAUCUCAUUUCUGUGUAACGUGAGGUUUACUUCCCACAUGUUGUCAGUGCAUGGUACAGCACAUUAUUGUAUACACAUUCAGUGAUACAGAAAAGUGUUCCCAAGCAUUGAUUUGAUGAUGGUAGUAGCAGCCUUAACUGUUUGUAAAUGGGAAGUCAAAACUACAUUAGUGUGUCUGAUCUUAUCACAAUUAUUUUGUGUAACAAAUAAGAGAGUGGCAAUGUUGUUAUAGUGUGACUGCUGAGCUGCUUGUAAUCACUGAAUUAAAAAAAAAAAAUAUUUGUUUGAUCCUGUCUUGGGUGAUUCAGACAGUUCAUACAUUUCCGUUUCCCAAAAUAAAAUUAUUGAGGAUGAGGCAUCAGCUGCUGUGAUAUUGUUGUUCCAGCAGUAACCAAUUUUAAUUUUUUCUUUUUGUCCAAUGUUGGUUGUUGUUUGUUUCCUGGUGCUCUAAAGUGGAAAAGUGAAAGAGAAAUACGUGAUGUCUUUUUGAUGUAUGCUGUGCAUUCAAUGGAAACAAUAGUCUUAUCUAAUUUCUAUGUUUUUUGAUGUAUUUUAAAUUACAAACGUAAGACAUUAGAUAUUACCUUCACUGAAUAUUUUGGAGGCAAGUACUUCUACAUUGGUUUCUGCCAGAAGAAUGCUUACAAAGCUGUCUGUCUUAUUGUAUUGUACACAUGAAGUAUGAAACUUUCUUUUGUCUGGAAUAAUACAUAUUGUUUACCUAUGUAUUGGACACUUCAGGAAUAAUUGCAGUUCCUAAUUUAAUAUUUUUGUGUGUUGUACAAAAAUGUAUUCAUGGAAUGAAACUUGACUGUUUUGUGAAGUGCUAUAAAUGUGUAUUUAUAAAAUCUUCAACCACUUGCAGAUAACUCUGCAACAUUACAAGAAGAACAGCCUUUGAAGUACAAUUUUUGAUAGCAAAAAAAUAUAAAGACAGCAACUUAAUGAUACAAGUAGCACAGUGUUAUUUCUUAUUUUAUACACAUAGCGUUUUAUACAACUUGAUUUUGAUGUCUCAUUUAUGCAGGUAAAAAUGGUGUGUUGCUUGCAAAGUACAUAACCAGUAAUGCAGUUGAUCUCAAUAUCUUUUUGUUUGAUCUUGAGAAACAGCCUACAAUUUUUAAAUACUAUUUGAUCAAGUAGCUGCACUGUAACAAGAAUCUUCUUAAUUUGAAAAACAAAACAAAAAAGCAAAAACAAAACAGACAUUUAAGGAACAAUUAGAAGUAAUUUGACUGGCAAAUCCGUGACUCUACACAGUCUUCCAAGUAAUUCGUUCUUUCUUUCUUAAUGACAUAUACAUGUCACUCAACAGAUAAUCCCCAUGAAUCUGAUGAAAUUUGUGUGUCAACUGAUCUUAUUACAUUAGCAUAGUCUUCCUUUACUUCAACAUGUUUCUUUAAUUUCAUUAACAUUGGUAUAGUUUCACUGGGACACAUGUAAAUGCCUUAUUCUAUUACUGGUUCAUUAUGAUAAUCUUUGGAUUAAAUGUAAAGGUAUAUGAUGAACAUUUAUCAUACUUCAAAAUGUACUAUAGUCCAGAUUUGGACUCAAAAGUAUGUGUUACGUUUUACAAACAUUUGUCCCUGGUUAACCUUCAGCUGUUAAGUGAGCUGGAGAUGCAGAAAGUCUGUCAGGCAUUUCUUGUAUUCACAUCUAAUUUAAUUUGAUCUUUUAUUAUUAGCCACUUGCACUAGGCUUCUAAUUUCUGAUCAUCAGGUGAGUAGUUCUAAAAUAGAUAUUCAUGGAAAUUUGAAGUAGUUACUUGUUUCAGACCAAUACUCUAAUACAAGCUCAUAUCUUAUAAAAUAUUAACAAUUUCUGAAAAUAAAUUUAACUUCGGUUCAAGAAUGACUCACUUUUCCACUUUCCAGCAUUUGUCAGCACACUCUGUAUUCAAGUAUUAACAGUUUUUGAACCUUGAGGAAACUAAAAUAGGAAGGUGGCAUAAAUAGUGCUGAAGUAAACAGUGCGUCACUAUUACUACUGGUCUAACACUAAAGCCCACUAUGAGGAAAACUGAAUGUCUUGACAUGCUUCCCACAUCCAACCCACGAAGGCCUUCUCUCUCUUUUAAUUGCUAUCCAUGAAACAGUAUAAAUACAUUAAACUGUGUGACUCUUUGAGUGACCUUUUCAAGUACACCAUUAUCUGAAACAAGGUAGGUAUGGAGGAAUAAUUUUAUUGAAGCAGUUAUUCUCUAAAUAUUGUGUUUUGGUGUCUUCUGAAUAGUAUUUCUCCUUAUAUUAGUACUUUGAUUGCUACAUUGUUUUGCUAAAUAUUGGAUUGUGCAAUCAGUGCCAGUCUUAAAAAAUACCUGAUGAACCCAGUUACUCCUUUCUUUUCGUUUCAUCUUUGAGAUUGAUUGAAGAUGUAUACCUAUAGUCUACAGUCCUGAUAAGUAUGGCAUUACUAAUCCUGUUUUUUGUUUAGGUGCAGGUUAAAUGACAACACGUAAAACAGUUUCAUUUCCUACUUAACUGUUGGCUUUUCAAGGCCCUGGCAGUUUUAAAUUGUCACUUCAAGAGGAGUUGUGAAAUAUUAUGGUGGAAUUUUUUUGGAAGUCCUACAAAAGAAAUUUAGGAGCAGAAUUAAUUACGUAUCAAUGCUCUUGAUACAAGACCCAGAUUGCACAAAUGCUGGGAGUAUUUCUAAGGAGAAUACCAGUUACCAUCUCACUCCCUUCUUUGCAUUAAAAUAGCUAGUGCCCAAGUUUAAGAACAAGAAUUAAGAGCACUUCUGUACUACUGUUAAAUGCAUCACUUGAAGUGAAUAGGUAACUUGCUGUUCAGAAAACUAUAGUGACACAUUUUGGGUACAGCACAUUUUGAGAAUGUCUGCCAAAUCAAAUAUAAAGUCAUAAGCACAAGCAUAAUGUACAAAAGUCAUUAACAGUAAUGAUAGCUAAGGUUUUAAAAAAAAUUCAAAAUAAAGUAAUCAUACCAAACAAGUUGCCUUCAUAGAAAUUUGGAAUCACAGGCAUACAUCCUCACCAUCAGUGAUGAUGGAGUGUUGCUAUUACAAAACAUGCCACCAGGUAUUGUGGGUGUAUGGGUUCAGUGAUGUUAAUUGCAUCCACAGAGAUAAACAAACAAUUUGAUAACAAAAUAUUAUAUGAAAAUUUUACAGAAAUAAGAGUGAAACUAUCAGUUUACAACACAAAAUAAAAUAGAUAUAUAAGAAAAAUAAAGCACACAAUUAUUAACCACUGUUAAAUACUUGAUAGAAACUGAACUAUGGGAUGAUUAUGUGAAUCAUUAAACAUGAUGUUAUUGGGAUGCAGACAGGUAUACACAGGAAGCCAGUUAUAAAUAUGGUGACACAAGUCAGAAAUUAUGUUUUCUGUUAGUAUAUUUGAUGCCCCAGCUGUAAGAAUUGUCAGUGAAGCCUGAAACUUUCAUGUGGUUGCCCUUUGCUUCCAUGUGUCUUCCACUUUUAUCUUCAUUUUUGUGACUCUGUUUCUUCCUUCUGUCUGAGAGUCUCUAGUUCCUGUUUCAGCUGAUUGUAUCAAACAGUCAUCGUAAGUUAUGUCACUAAAGCAAUUACUGCAUGGCUGCCAUUCAACUUUUCCUUUAUGAAGAGACUCCUUCCUCCAGCAUCCAAAGUUGUAGAAAUGUUUUAUUUUUAGUUUCUUCAAUUAUAAGUUCAUCAAUUUUUUGUUUAAAUUCUGUUUUCACUUAGUUUAUAAAACAGCUAUGUAGUUUGGAGGUGACAGCUGGAUUUCUUCCCAUAAGUUUUCCGUAGCAGUAUUGCAUCACUCCAUCAUCAAUAUUCCUGCAGAUUGCUUUAACACAUUGACUGCCAUGUGGCCACUGGCGGCACUACAGGCAACUCUGCUGCACCACCGGUGGGCUUGUGCCAGUCAAUGUGGUAAAGAUGCUUUCCAUGGUUCUUAAAUAAUAAUAAUAAUAAUUUCAUACACUUGGGUCCCAUAUCACCAGCAUUUAACAUACUACUUAUAUCCAUCAUAACAUUAUUCAAAACCUCCACAGUUUGAGCAAAGACCUCCCUUUAUCCCACUACUUGCUUGGGAUGGGUAUAUAUUUGAUCGAGUAGUUAAGAUGAUUUUGUGAUUUAUGGAUUUUGGUUCUUUCAGUGCUUGUUAAACUUUCCAAUGUUUUGUUAUCAUGUUGCUCAUUUAUGUCUGUGUAUGCUAGUAAUGCCAUUGUAGCCUUAAAACCAUGCCAUGUGGUGGCAUAUUUUGUAAGAGUGAUCCUCAUCAGUUAAGCACUGAUAGUGAGGACAUAUGCAUGUGAUACCAUACUUUGUGUGGAGGCAGUUUGUUUGGAAUGAUUACUUUAGUUUUGUGAAACCUUCAGUAUUGUUAUUCUUAAUGGCUUUUGUAUGCUGUGCUUGUGCUGAUUAUUUUGUAUUUUGUUUAGCAGACAUUCUGAAGAUGGACUGUGCUCAAAAUGCAUCAGUAUAUUUUUUUUGGGCAGCAAGUGACCUUUUUAUUUCUAGUGAGCUAUUUAGAAGUAGUAUACAAGUGCACUCAAUUAACAUCAUGGUUGCAGGCCUACUGUAUGUCACAAACUAAGAAAAAGAAAUUUUGAUACCUUUUUAUUGUGGCUACUUUCUCCCAUGUGCUGUUUCUGUAAUCGUGAGAAUGAUUAUUUCCUUUAAAUUUGGGUCAGCGUUUCAGUUGCAGUGGCAUAAAAAAGAUCCUGUGUCAAUUGUUGUAGAUGAAUGGAUACACAACCACACAGAAGUAGAUAUUAUUAUUUACUUUUGUGUCUGUCAACUUCAUAAAGUAUUGGGUGAUGGUGGUAUGGUUGCAUCUUCUGAUUUUAUGCAGUAUUGCAAAUGGUGAGCACUGUAUUUCUUGUAAAUUAAGGCAAAAUAAGGGAGUUGGGGUGAUGAGAUGUGAUAGAUUUUUGACAUCUUCUGUCGGUAUAAAGCAUGUAUCAUCUAAAUUAUAAAGUAUUAUCAUUACUCUUUUGAUUCUACUUCCAUCUUUUGGAAAGGCACAGUGGCUUUGGUAAAUAUAAAGUGAGUAAUGCAAUUUUUUGCAGAGAUUAUGAAUGUUGUAGAAACUGUUGCCAUUAUAUGUAAUCCUAUAUAUUCAGAAUUUAGCAGAUGCUGAUUAUGUAACAUUUUAUCACACAUCGUUCUACAUGAAAACCAAUCCAUUACAUCCACUGGUGGACAUAUGCUAUGAUCUUUAUUAAAUAUUUAAUAAUAAUUUAUAAAAAGUUCUAAGUAAUAUCUCUGAAUAUCUUUCUUGGUAACUUACACUGAGUUCUGAAAGUCUUUAUAAAUUACAUGGGGAGGAGCUAUGAUGAGAUGAGAAGGUUUAGUCAAUAUUUUGACAUUUUAUCCAGUUGCUGACAUUUUCCUUUUUCCUUUCCUUUUCACCUACAGCAUUCAAAGAAUCUUUAAGUGAAAUGUGGGAGUGUGUUCCUUAAGGAGUCAUGAAACCUUGUAUUAUUGUGUUCCUGUCUGUGUUAUUUCCUGUGUAUGUGCUUUGGCUUUAAGUAAAUUGUUUGCAGUGUUUGCACAUUUUCUUUGCUGACUAAAAUUAGUAUUUAUGUAUUGUCACCUACACAUAUUGUGACAUUACCUUUGUUCAUUGCAUAUUACUUUGUAUUAGAAUCAGCUCACCAGGUGAGUAAGUGUGCUCAUGGGAGUAGGAAAUGAUUUUACAUAUAACUUUUUUGCUUGAGUAAUUUGGCAUUUUUUGUUCAUAGCAACAGUCUCGUUGCAUAACAGUUUGCAGUUUAAAAGUAAGUCACUCUUUGGGUUGCCACUGGCUAUAUACAUUUUGCUUUAUAAACGUCAUGCCGGAAACAGUUGUGCUUGGUAUUUUGCACUGAAAUGUAAUGCAUGGCAUCCAGAAAUAAACAUGUGAAUUUAUAUGCCUUGUCUAAGAAGUGUCAUGGUGAGCAGCAUUAAAUUGAAAUUAUUUAAAACAAUAUAUUCCACAAAACAAUGCUGAUAAGGGGAGGGGGGAGUUAAUACAAUUUAUAAAACAAAAAUAUUGUUACAAGACUAGACAGUUUAUCACUUUGUUCUGAUACAGAGUAUUUUGGAGUAUAAGUAAUGAAAUUAUUUAUUGUCUGACAAAGUAUUCCUCACUUUCUGUUUUACUCAUAAAUGUUGCCUCUCCCCAACUGACUUAAGGAAUAUUUAAUUCUUGAUGGCCCUUAUGUUAAUCUACCAGUACUAUAACAAAUUAUUACUUUUCUUUGUAGACACAUGACAUUUCCAUGACAGGUUGAGCAGUCAGUGGACCUGGAGAAAAAUCUUUAAUUUCACUAUUUAUGUUUGUCUUUAACUUUAAAUGCUGGAGACUGUGUAUGAGAUGGUGAACUGCACCAAUAUACUCUGUUCUGUAUACUCAGUGAUUCAUCCUUCUAAUUUUUUAUUUUGCUACUGAUGACCAGGCAUUUAUGUCCUUUAAAACUUCAGAAAGUUUAUGUGAAUGAUGCAUAUAUCUGUAAUUUACAGCUGUGUGGCAAGUAGGAAAUGCCUGACAUAGUUUUCUGGUGCUUGUGGUAUAUUCAACAAAUAUUCCCAUUUCUGAAGUCCUGUUGUGAUGAGAAUAGUGGCUGCACAUUCAGCUGUCAAAACAGUGUAUCAUUAUUGUUUCUGCCCUAAUGUGGUAGUGAAUUUAGUUCCCUUAUUUAAUUUAUCUCAAAAGAAGCUCCAUUGUAAAGGAAUCUUCCAAUUAUUAAAGUUGUCAUGUCGAUGUCUUUCUUUCCUUCAUUUUGAUCUUAGCCUAUCUGUUAUUUUUGAAGUUUCUAUGCAUGUUUUCUGCCUCUUCUAUACAUAUUUUCUGCCUCUUCUGCCUCUAUACAUGUUUUAUGCCUCUUGCACUCCUUAUUAUUCAUUUUAUGACAGACAUAGUUUUUGUAAUUUUUAUUUAUUGAUUUUUUGUCAAUGAAGUUUGGUCAUACUGUGUAAAUCUGGGUGCAUUUUGACAUACAUUCAUUUUUCAGUGACACUAUUUACUGAAGUGAAUAAUUUUGUUUUGUGUUUGCUGUUCAUGUUGUGACCUCAUUUUUCCCCCUCUUACUUCUAGAAAUGGCAGUACCAUCAUGUAUGAAUUUCGUAUAUGCAGCUAACUGCAGUUACAUAUGAGUGUGAAGGACUCUUCUGUCACUGAUGUUGGUGCUUGGGUUUUUUCUGUAAUGUUGUGAUAUAAUACAACUACAGGGGCCAAGUAGUAUAUCGGUAGGAGGGCAAUAAAAGUUGUUACAAAUUUUUAUUGUUACUUGUGGAAAUUAUUCUUCAAAAAACUUUUUGAAUUGGUUUGUGUUGAGUAUAUAUUUUUAAAAAUGGAUUUUACAGUUGUCUUGGUGUUUGCCACAUAAAUUCUUCCCAAAACAAUGUAGUGAACUGGCAUUUGAUUUACUGUGACAAAGAAUUUUUAAUGUCUUUAAAUCAAAUGGACAGUCCAUCAGUUUCAUAUUGUAAACUGCAGUUUCCCUUGAUAUUUUAUUAGAAUGAAUAUUAGAAUUUGCCUGGAUUCCUGGCAUGUUUACAUAUUUCACAAGCAUUCGCUGGAUUGGAGUAUUAAAUAGCAAUGUUAAGCAAGAUUUAUGUGAGCUUUUUGUGAAUUUUGUUAUUUUUGUUUUCUUUCUGUGCACAAAAUUGUAUAGUGUGCAAUAUCUUUCAGUACAAUGCACCAGAAAGAUUCUGUAAUAGCUGUGAGAUGUCCCAAAAAUUAUUUCAUCACUGCAACUUCAUAAAUACUACUUAAAUACUGACAGGCAGCUUAAUUUUGCAAAUAAUAAGUUCUACCAGAACAUUUUCUUCCUUGGAAGCAUACAAAAAAUGUAUUUAUUGUUAAAUAUAACAAAAGAUGUGAUAGGAAGAGAUGAGGGCGACACAUACAUUUUGAGUCAUAUGAAUUUGAUAGGAUAGUGGUAGUAGUCAAGUACAAUAUUAUUGUCAUAGAUAAUUUUGUAAGAGCAAACAUGGCUGUGAAAAGUUUCUAAAGCCAACUAAGCAUUUUAAAAUUUUUAGCCCAAGAGCUGUUGUUGUCUCUCUCUCUCUCUCUCUCUCUCUCUCUCUCUCUCUCUUUGUGUAAAAGUGGAAAAAGUUAAUUUCUUUGAUUGCAACAGUAAAUUCUUGAAUUUGAAGUAUAUUGCUGUCUUGAGUAUUUGCAUGACCGUUAUAUGCCUGCUGUAAUUUAACAUUGUGAAGUUCCACAAAAUGCUGUUGGCAUUGUUAUCAUAUUCCUACUUUUUUUUAAAUUGCAGUUAUUGUUUGGUUGCUUUUGUGAACAUCUUCAAAAUUUUGUAUUUGAUUUAAAUGCAGUUAGUUAUAAAAAACAGAUAUUAAAUGAUUAAGAAUAGCAAAACUGUACCUGCUGCCACAAACUUGAAGAUCAAAGUACUUAAUUGUGAAAUGUGUUGGCCACCUGUAUUGUGACACUUUCAACAUAAUACAAACUGAAUGAAGCAUUGAACUCAUAUCAUGCUGUGGGUACUUAGAGGUACUUUUUAACGUAAAAAGUACAAAGUGACAUUUAUAUUAUCUUUUGGUAUCCUAUAAAUGCACCUGUGAAGAAAAACAUUGCACAGCAUUGAAUGUAAUGUCGUUGACUUCAACUGAAAUGUGAGGAGUGAAUGUUUAUGUAACUGGAUUCCAAAUAUGAAUUUUCUGUUUGUUUGAAGAUGAACUUUAGGAUGUAAUAUAAAGGACAGCAUAACUGUUGUAAUAAGGUGUGUGUGUUUUUAAAUUUAAUAAGAAAUGGAAUCUUUUAGACUGCCCCUUUUAGAAUUUAAGGACAGGAUCCUGCUACAGUUUGUCGGGAAAAAAAUGAGUGACCAAAUACUACAAGAUAUCAUUUUUUAUUGCAGACCAUACAUUCUUAACUGUUUUUGAACUGUGUAUCAUUUGCAUAAUAGUAAGCAGGAAAACAAUUCCAAGUCAUGAAUUCCAUUAUUUCAAAAGUGGAACCAAUUGUUCUAUAGUAAAAGAUUUUAGAUUAUUCAUGAGUGAUGUCCACCUAAAACAUUAUUAACUGUUCCAUAUAUAUAUAAUUUAUGCAAUUUACAUAUGUACUGAAUGGACAGAAAGUGUGUAAAGUGUAAGUUGAAUGAGAGGUUGCGUGACUGAAAUAUUUUUGUUUUUGAAUUGUUGUAAGUGCACAUAAUGUGUGAGAGCAAUUUUGUGUUGGUGUUGGAAUGAAAGAUAUAAUACACAGAAACUUGUACUGUCA